AUAAGGAAGGGAGUUGUCCUGCUCUCCAUGGAACAGAACGACAGGAAUGAAAUUGUAAAGCGGGAAGGACACAGGUAUCUUGCUGAGCGUCUGAGGAAGAUGAAGGUGGAGAUGUGGAAGGUGCACGCCACGCUGCAGGAAAACAUGGUAGGGAGUUGGACACCUCCAAAUGCGGAAUUUCCACUCAUGUUGGCCCAAAUGGCGCCACACCAUAGAGAAGUAAUAGAGGCCAAAAUAAGGGGCAUAGAAUUCAGGGGCAAACAGGCCUGUCUUAAAACUGACAUGAAGACCAACCGAGUCGAGAUGGAUGCCACCUUGAAGAUCUACCAAUCUGCCUUGAAGAUCCACCAAAUUGCCAAGAGCAGUUACGAAACAGCCAGGAAAACUUCCGAAACAGCCGGGAAAACUUUCGAAACGGCCGGGAAAACUUUCGAAACGGCCAGGAAAACUUUCGAAACAGCCAGGAAAACUUUCGAAACAGCCAGGAAAACUUUCGAAACAGACAGGAGAGCUCUCGACAUUGAGUUUAGCGACCUCAAUUGUGACUUGAAGUUGCUGCAGACAAAACGGGAGCAUGAAAUAGAGCGGGCACAACUCAAGGCAGAGUUGGGAAGAGGUGGCCCGCCAGCUUCUCAACCUCCUGGAGAUGGUGAAGACAGGGAUUCUGCCAAUGAUAACAGCCAGGACGUGGACAACCAAAGCCUGUCGCCCUCUCCACCUCCUGGAGAGGGGGAAGACAGUGCUGAAGGUACCAGUCAGGACAUUGAAGUGGACUUCCAAAGCCUGCCUCCCUCUCCACCUCCUGGAGCGGGGGAAGACAGUGCUGAAGGUACCAGUCAGGACCCAGAGAUGCCGGCGGCCAAAAGGCCAAGAAAAUAAAAAGUUAAAAUAAGGUGCUGCUGAGAAGUUCAAGUUUUCCAUGCAUCCAUCCCAUUUUCUACCGCUUGUCCCUUUUGGGGUGGCGGGGGGUCGCUGGCGCCUAUCUCAGCUGCAUUGGGGGCCACUUUUUCAAUAAAAAUGACUAUGCUACAACAAUGUGUUCAAAUGAAUGGUGUAAAAUCAGACUGAAUA